CAGCUGGAAGUCGAGUAACAUUACAACUCUCAGCAGCCUCAAAGUACUACAUUACACGGACGAGGCAUUCGUAUCUUCUUUGAGGAUUUAACCCGCAUCGGAUCACGGGGAUUUUUGCCCACGAGCGUCAUCAUUUUUCUUUUAUUCCACGGAGACUAUUUGCUGCUUUUUUUUUUUUCUUUCUUUUUUUUUCUUAAGGGGGAGACCAAACUGGCGAGAGGCGAGCAUGGAGUAUUUCAUGGUACCAACUCAGAAGGUGCCCUCCUUGCAACAUUUCAGGAAAACGGAGAAAGAAGUGAUUGGUGGUCUUUGUAGCCUGGCCAACAUUCCUCUGACCCCAGAAACAGCUCGGGACCAAGAGAGGCGAAUCCGCAGAGAGAUUGCCAACAGCAACGAGCGUCGGCGUAUGCAGAGCAUCAAUGCUGGAUUCCAGUCACUUAAAACACUCAUCCCACACAGCGAUGGAGAGAAACUCAGCAAGGCUGCCAUUCUGCAGCAGACGGCGGAGUACAUUUUUACUUUGGAGCAGGAGAAGACACGUCUAUUGCAGCAGAAUAGUCAGCUCAAACGAAUCAUACAGGAGUUAAGCGGUUCCUCCCCCAAGAGGAGGCGUGCAGAGGAAAAGGAUGAAGGGAUUGGCUCACCGGACAUCCUGGAGGAGGAGAAGACUGAGGACUUGAAGAGGGAGAUGAUCGAGCUGAGGCAGCAGCUGGAGAAAGAACGUUCAGCCAGGAUGAACCUGGAAGAACAGAUGCGUUCCCUGGAUGCCCAGUUGUACCCAGAGAAGCUGAAAGCAAUCGCCCAGCAGUUCCAGGAGCAGCAGGCCCAAACGCAGAGCCUUGUCCGUCUGCAGCAGCACAAACAGCUGGAGAGGGACCUUACUCCAGCCCACAGCCCACAGGUGUUGGCCCCUGCUACUCCCCCAGCACCUACACACCACGCUACAGUCAUUGUUCCUGCACCUGCCCAGACUCCUCAGCCCCACCAUGUUACUGUGGUAACCAUGGGCCCAGCAUCAGUUAUCAAUACAGUGUCCACAUCUCGACAGAACCUAGAUACCAUCGUUCAAGCAAUCCAGCACAUUGAGGGCACCCAGGGGAAGGGUGGUGUUGGUGAGGAAGAGCAGCGGAGGGCGGUCAUUGUCACUUCAGGACGUCUGCUUUCUGACGCGGCAGGCUCAGACACAGCCUCAAACAGCGACGGGCCGGAUGACUGUUCACUGCCUUGAGUUCAUCCCUAACGUCUUGCGCACCGUACACUCACAUGCACGCACACACCCACACACGAAAGGCCCAAGCAGACCAGGGCUACGGGAGGCUACAAACUCACAGCGCUCUUGUUCAGUGGAAAGCUGGUAGUCAGAUUGAAGCACUUGUUUUUUUUUUUUCUCCUUUUUUUCUUCUUUUUUAAUACACAUCAUGUUGUACCGUGAUAGGCGGCCCGCAUAGGUUUACACUUAGACAUUCAUACGUAUUUUUUUUUUUUUCCCUCUGCUUAUGUUUAGCCCCCUCUUUUAUUCACUCACUCACACAAACUUUUUUUCCAUUAAACUAUAGAAAGAUAAAUAGAGCAACUACUUCACUGACUCUAUAAACGCUCUGUUUUACUGGAUACUAGAACUUUCGAAUGUCAGCUAAACAUUUCCAUUAACUACCGGGACUGUUAUCUCUGUGUGGCCCUGAAGCCAUGUGACUCAUUUACAAAAAAAAAA